CUCUGCCGUGUGCUGCGCGAAGCAAAAGUUUAACAAGACCAGACACAGAGAGAGUCGUCUAUCAAGAACCUUCAUAAAACGACAUGCUUACAUUGGAUUCACAUACUGUGGCAGCUUAAAUUUUCAAUUUCCAAACCCCACCAAUUAUAUAUUAUAAUUGUUAUUUAUUUGUUGAAAUUUUUAUUUUUAUUUUUAUUUUAUUUUCCAGUGCACCCACCCACCACUGUGUUUUUUUAUUUAUUUAUCCCUCCACUCUUGUUUUGUGUUGUGUCCCCAUGUAAAAAAGAGUAAAAACCCCACAGCAUAUCCUCCUUUUUAUUCAGUUUUUUCCUUCUUCUUCUGCUUCUUCGUCAACCAUGUCCUCUAUACUCUGCUCACAAGGAGUGGUUCUGGCCACUGCCAUGGCUGUUUCUGGCACCGUAAUUCUCCUCGCUCUUCGCCUUCAAAAAUCUCACCCUGCCUCCCUCUUAUCUUCGCAGCAAGUUCUACGCUCCUGUAUCUCCUCAGACGGGAGCAAAAAGAAGAAGAAGAAGAGGGUGCACUUUGCAGAGGAUGUGGUGGAUCCAAAAGGAAACGGAGAAGAUUUCAGACGGCAGCGUGGUGCCAUUGUUCUCAGCAAGAAUUCAUCGUCUCCACCAAAGUUGAAGAAGAUAGGUGGUGCCGGAGGUGGUGGCAGCGGUGCUGCUAAAGGCAAAGGAAUGCCUGCAAAUAGAUUGGCUCUCUACAAUGGGAUCCUGAGGGAUCGUGUGGUUCACCGAUUGGCCUAUUCUUGUUAACCGAUUAGCUUUGUGUAUAAUAUUUUCGUGUAAAUAAUCUUCUCUUUUUUUUUUUAAUUACUAAUUUGGAAGGAGGAAAUGGCCCUCAGUCCUUGAAGACUGUGCCUGUGGCUUUUUCUGAUCAUCAACUAAUUGGUGAUGGCUGUAAAUCCUGUUGGUAUUAGCAGAGGAUGUUGUCCGUAAUUUUUUAGGGUAAUCUAAUAGAAAUUGUUCAUAAGUUACAUCAA